UCAGGGCUUGCAGCAGUGCAACAUGAAAGUAGCCCUUUUAGAAUUUUAUGGUAACCCCUGUCCAAAUACCAAGAAGUACUUGGAGGUAACGUACCGUUGUGAAGAAAAGAAAGAAAGAGUCAGUUCCCGACUAGCAACUGGCCCCUAUCCUGGCACUACAGCGGGACUGGCUGUGUCAUCCGAUAAUGAGAUAUUUGUGACUCACAGCUCCAGAAAAACAAUCCAAGUCUUUAGCAUGAAGGGUGCUAGACUCCGCAGCAUCCCUACAGGAGACAUGACACCAUACGGUAUAGCCAUAGGCACCAACAACUCUCUGUGGGUUGCUUUGCAUGGAGGCCGCGAAAAUCACCCCAUGUAUGAAAAUGCUGUCAGUCAGUACAGCAAAGAUGGCCACAUCCUUGCCACGUACACUUGCAAUGGCCGAUUUAGAAUCCACGGGAUUGCAGUGGACAAGCUUUCCGACAAGAUCAUACUGACAAUAGAACAAAUCACUAGAGGUGGAAGCUGGCUAACGGAGGCCAUGUGGUUCCGUCCAGCUUACACACAGGGGACACGAACAUGUAACAUGAGCAAGUUUGGGUGGACAGGUGUUAGAACAGGACGGGUGUUAGAGGCUGCGAGUGUCACAGUGGACAAGAGAGGGAACAUCUUCAUACCAGACAGGGGUAAUGGUCGUGUUUUGAAGUAUGACAAAGAUGGAGUCUACAUUUCCAGUUUUGGCAGUCGAGGCACUGGAGCGGGGUAUCUUUUAGGGCCCUAUGGAAUCUGUGUGGAUAGUUGGGGCCGUGUGAUUGUGGCUGAUAAUGGUAACCACCGAGUGGAAAUGUUCACAGCUAAGGGGGAUCAUGUCUGCACUGUUGCCUACAUCAAUAAUCCAGUGCGUGUUGCUAUAGGUGGGGAGGGGCAGCUUGUAGUGUCGCAACAAACCUCUAUAACAAUCUUGCCCAAACAUUAAAGUCACACCCAUUUGCUUCCCACCCAUUCAAACCUUCACUCCAUUCUUGUCAUACUUCACAAUUCACUGUUUUGACCAAAUUAUUUGUUGAAAAAAAAAACAUGGUUGCAAUCAAUUUGAUUUUAAUUGAAAUCAAAGGGGUUAAUGGGUAAUACAUGUACUGUAUACUUAUCCAGAAUUGAUCAAGAUAAUGAUAUAAUUGAUGCCUACACAAAUCGCAAAAGGUAAAUCACCAUUAGAGUUGAACUACUUGUAACAUUACCUAAUACCAAAGACCUGCUAUACUGGCAAUGUCCUCGGUGGUGAAAGCUAGGUUACAAUAAACCUGUAAAUGCACUACGGUAGCAAAUUGCCUGUCUUUCCUUCACGUCAUUUGUAAAGUUUAUUGCAAAUUCUUGCCAGUGGGCAGGUAACAUGUCAUUUAAGAGAUUCAAUGUAAAAACAAUAUCACAAAUGUCUCCUCUAGUCUAACUCCAUAUCCUGGGUUAUUGGGUUCGACUCCUUUUUCGAAGACAGUGGAAGACAAAAGAUCCCACCUUUUCUAUUAUCUAUGGGUUUUGUGAUCUUAGAAGGAGAAUUAUUUUCUUUUUGUCAGUGAAUGUGAGGAAGUUUGGGUGGAAUUUGGUGGCCUCUUCUAACAGCUCUUUUGUGAUUGUAGAAAGAGCAGUUUGACAUAAAAUGUUCAUCAAGCUCAAAUGAAUGGCAAUUACUUCAUGUUUUGAGCCCUAUCAGGUACAGGUGAUAUCCUGGAGCUGUGCAGAUAUUUCCUAUGUCUACCUGCACCAUUUUCACUGGUCCAAUAUUGUAUUGGGCUUAUAUAUACAUGUACUAUGACGUAGGUGUAUUGUUGAUUUUUUACUAGCUGGAUUGACUGUUACCACCUUUGAAGUAUAAAAGAAAUAAUAGCGGAUUUCAGUAUGAUCAAUACUUCUUAGUU